CCGGCUGAAAGAUGAGAGUCGCCGGUGAUGUGCUUGUGCGGAUGCCUCGCGGAGGACAACGCCAGGAUUAUCCUCCUUGCCGUUGUCCUGAUAGUAUACAUGCUCGCAGGCGCGACCCUCUUUCAAAGGCUAGAGAGCGAUUUCGAGAUACGGCAGACCACGGAAUUCUGGCGAGUCUACCACGCGUUUCGGAGGCAUCAUUUGCGAGGUAGCCCCUUGGCCCUGCAGAGGCUGCACGAGCUGCUGUAUGCCUAUGGCAACGCUUCCGCUACCGGCAUCAUUAACAAGAGACGCCGCUGGGACUUUCCCGGUAGCUUUCACUUCGUCGGCACCAUAGUUUCUACGAUCGGGUACGGAAGUACCGCGCCCCAGACAACGGCGGGUAAAGCGGCUGUCGUUCUUUAUGGUUUCUUCGGUUGUUCCGGUGGCAUCUUGUUCUUCAAUCUUUUUUUGGAAAGGAUCAUUACUUUCCUGGCAUGGAUCUUACGCAGCUGGCACGUACAUCGAUUGAGAAGACGUCUUCGCAGAAGCACGUUGAUAUCCCGACGAAUGUCCAAAUCGUCGAACACCCAGAGAUCAUCUCUACCAGAUAUCCUUGACGAUGAUGAUCAUGCGAUCCUGGACCAAUGGAAACCGAGCGUCUACUGGGUCAUGCUUUUCUUGUCCGUCAUUUCCUGUACUAUCGUUUGUUGUGCAGCUGCACUUUAUGCGCCGCUGGAGAGUUGGGAUUACUUUGACGCGCUAUACUUUGCCUUCGUUAGCUUCACUACCAUCGGCUUCGGCGACUUUGUUAGCACGCAAAAGCCGAACUAUCCUUACGUACAUUGGUACAGAUUCACGAACUUCAUAUUCCUGGUGAUGGGAUGUUGCUGCAUAUACUCCUUGAUGAAUGUCACAUCGAUCGUGAUGAAGCUGGGCCUGAAUUACGUAAUACAUAAGUUGCAAUACGGUAAUCGGGAUGUAGCGGCACCGUAUUUACCGAGAAGGCAGUCCUCCGUGUCGACCAUAUAUUCGAAGAGGAGACCGACGAGGCUUGUCGGUAGGGACUCAAUCAGAGCGGAGGAUAACUCGGAAACGCCUCGUAGAAUGUCUGGCGAGAUGAUCUCUAUGAAAGAUUUCCUGUCCGCAAACAAAGUCUCCCUGGCUGUAAUGCAGAAGCAGUUGUACGACGCCGCGCAGAAGCAAAGGGGUGGAGGAUCGCUCGUCGCCACGCCGAAUCAUCAGGUGUUGAAGCCCGGAGCGGUGGGCCCGCUCGCAAUCGCCAGCGAGAAGUUUGAAAGCAAAAGCACGAUAAACAGAACAAAGAAAUAGAGGCUACAAAAGAAAAUAUAUGAAAGUACAGCACCUGUAUUUAGCAUAUUUUUCAUGUUUCACCUCGCAAGCACUUGCUAAUUUUUAAAGCAAAUUUGUCGAUAUUUUGUGUGCUAUAAUGCCUACAAGUUAUUAAUAUAGAGACUAGUCAUGA